AUGAUAUAUGCAACGAAAUUCCGAAAGGAUGUGUUUCUUUAGCUUCGUCACGCGUUUUCUGGUCAUCAUUUUUGGCACAUUGCUGCCAGCACGGAACACCCACCUUGCGCUGCAGCAAGAGAAGGAGGAACUGAUCGCCUGGACCAAGUAUUGGAUAGUAUAUGCCUGUCUUAUGAGCCUGGAGAUUAUGAGCGACACCUUCUUCACCUGGCUGCCGUUGUAUGUGGAGACAAAGUUGCUAAUCGUACUGUGGAUGGUCAUCUCGGCGCCCUCGGCCAGUGUCUGGGUCUUUGACGUGAUUCUUAAUCCACUGAUGGGUCGCUAUAUGCACCGGCUCAAUGACUAUAUUCUCUACGAGAAACGACAUCUGCUUGCCGAUGCAUUGUCAUUCUCAUCGCAAUUAGGCACUCGCAGCCUGCAUAUAGUAUUGCCCAUGAUCUCAAGCCUGUGGAAAUGGCCUACCCAAACAGCGGACGACGAGACCAAUGCAACAUUCCAGACGAAGAAGGCAGAAAUGGAGCGUGUGUCCGAUCCUCAGACCAAUAUUUAUUACGAUGCAACUGCCGACGACGAAUCUCAUGACGUGACAUUAGCCUGUUCACACUCCCACACUCAGCUGCUGGAGUAUUCGCGAAAGCCUUCGUUCCCCGAGCUGGCCAUGAAAGCAAUAGAAACACCAAAUAGGCGUUCCUUGAAUCGCCACGAGCGGAAGCCGUACGUUUACGAGCAGUUGAAUGAUGAUGCAGCCCCGAAGUGUGACGACCCCCGCAACGGUAUUGAUAAUUUGCUGAAAGACGAGCGGUUGACUACCGAGCUGCAACAGCAUCCAAUACUCCGACGUAGAGAACGCUCUCGUUAUCAAUAGCCUACAACUACUCUGGAACUAUUUGUAUAAAUUCAUUGUUUGCUACACCAAAAACGCAGCCAAUCGAACAAAAUGGCUUGCAUUUGGAAACUAUCUGAUAGAGUAGAAUAUAUAAUAUAUAUAUACAAUCAAAAUAUUUAUUAAAACAGGUAUUACUAUAGCGAAGUCCUGACUUCCAUUACUUAUUUUAUGAGGGAAUAGAUAUUAAGCUACCAGCCUAAUGAAUCGAAUAUAAAUGUAUAUAUUAAUCACAUAUCCAAACAAUCACAUAUACGAGUAGGAAAUACUACGUAGAGAGUUGAGCAUUCAAACACAAAGGUUGCAAACACUUAUAUAGUUUUUAAGCCGUAACAAAUGAUUAUAAAUAUCUUAAAAUUAAUAACAUUUCUUUUAGAAAGACAAGUCCUGGUAAACAGCUAUUGUAUAUUGAAUGU